GCGCAAUCCAGCGCGCCGCGGCUCGUCUUGUGCAUGGCCCUCAUGGCCGGCAUGUCGUUCCUGUUCAUGACGGCGCGCCUCGCAUGCAAGCGCAGCCGCGGCCGCAGGCCCGGCCCGGACGACUGGAUCCUCCUCUCCGCGUGGCUCUUCCUCGCGACGUACGUCGCGCUCACCAUCUCCUCGACGACGUUCGGCGUCGGCCGCCACCUCGCCGCGCUGUCUGAGCACGAGAUCAUCUGGUCCGGCAAGCUGCUGUACAUCGGCGAGUUCUUCGCCAUCAUCGCCGUCGCUGUCGGCAAGACCUCCUUCGCGGUCACGCUGCUCGGUCUCGUCAUAGAGCGGUGGCAGACGGUGCUGCUGUGGUCGGUGAUUGUGAGCGUGAAUGGGAUUAUGUGGACGUGUGCCACGCUGCUGCUGGCUCAGUGCCGCCCGACAGAGAAGCUGUGGAAUUUUCGAUUGGAAGGGGAGUGCUGGGCGCCUCAUAUCUUUGUGCUGUACUCGGUUUUUUCGGGCGCCUGGUCUGCUGCGAUGGACGUGGUGAUUGCCAUGUUCCCCUGGGUGCUCCUCCUGCCCACCCGGAUGAAGCUGCUGGAGAAGAUCGGCAUUGGCGUCGCUAUGAGCCUGGGGGUAUUUGCCGGCAUCACGGGGACGAUCAAGACAAUCUUCCUCUUCCAUGUCCCGCCCCUGUCGGAUUUCACCUACUGUUCCACCAAUCUCUUAAUCUGGGCAGCCGCAGAAUCAGCAGUCAUUAUCAGUGCCGCUUCGAUUCCCUUCCUGCGCCCCCUGCUGAAAGCAGUCACCGACAGCACC